GUUCGCCCGGAAUGUUUUCUUAGGUGGAUCUCGACAGGAAGCCUGCUAGCCAUAACUAGACUUCAUCUGUCGCCCAACAGUCACUCUAAGCUGUUACUUGCUUAGUAGAAAAAAAAAAGAGAAAAUUUUGUUCUAGCCGUUUGAUGCGUUUUUUAAUAUAGUAAAAUGAACGGGAGUUCAAACCCCUUAUUGGACAAAGAGGAACAUGUUUUGAAGCUUGGUGAGAGCUUUGAGAAAAGGCCCAAAUCAUCGUUCCACACUAUCCGCUAUGACUUCAAACCAGCAUCCAUUGAUACUUCCUGUGAAGGAGAACUGCAAGUUGGUAAAGGUGAUGAAGUCAGUAUUACACUGCCUCAUAUUCCAGGAUCCACUCCUCCCAUGACUGUGUUCAAAGGAAAUAAAAGACCAUAUCAGAAAGACUGCGUUUUAAUCAUCAAUCAUGAGACAGGCGAGUAUGUUCUGGAAAAACUCAGCAGCAGCAUUCAAGUAAAGAAAACAAGAGCUGAAGGAAGCAGCAAGAUUCAAGCUCGAAUAGAGCAGCAGUCUGUUCGGACUUCUCAGCCAUCCUCUCAUUUUAAAGCACCAACGAAGCCUGUGCCUGGGCCUAAAACUUCUCCUUCAAAAGAUAACCCCUCUCCAGAACCUCAGCUGGAUGAUAUUAAGAGAGAACUGAGGGCUGAGGUGGAGAUUAUUGAACAGAUGAGUAGCAGCAGUGGUAGCAGCUCUGACUCCAGAAGUUCUUCUGGUACUGACGAGGAUAGCUCCAGCAGUGAUGGGGAAGACACUACGCACUCCUCCCCAACACAGGCCAUACAGCAGCAGCAACAGCCUAAUAACAGAAGCACCAUCUCCAAUGGCAGCAAUAGGCCACAGGGCAACAACCAGAUCAUGAACACACUCAGAAAUGACUUGCAGCUGAGUGAAUCUGGGAGUGACAGCGAUGACUAAAGAUGACAUUUCACUCUGUGCGGAAGGAAUGUGUUAAGGUUGAUGAUGGCAAUGUAAAUAAGCUUUACUGGUUGUUUUAUUUAAAUAUUGCAUUAAAGUUGUUGUGUAGAAGAUGUCCUGCUAUUCAGUGUUGCAGUAUUCUUUUCAUGUGGGUGUCCCCCACCCAAGCAACCCAACAUCCGGCCAGCAUACAACAGCUU